UUUUUCUUCAAAAAAACCGCGACAGGAUAGCUGCCUCUUUGGGAGACCCCCCAGGUCCGUUCAAGGUGUGACAGGCCUUCUCCGUGGAGAUCAUGACCCCGCCGUGUAUCCCGCUCGUCCUGCUAUUGCUGCUGGAGGGGAUGACCCAGGCCUUGUUCCCCAAAGAGCCCGGCCCCAUCAGCGUGGCCCUUGAUGAAUCUGUGAAGCAAUAUUCGGUCUUUGUGGGAAACGGGGUGGGCCGGUACUCCAGCCAAGAGGGCGGGGCGGAGCGGCUCAGCAUCCAGCGGAUGGUGACAAUCAACAGGACCCUCUACAUCGGGGACAGAGAGGAUCUUCAGUCGUGGGCGGUGGGACAAGCAGACUGCCCACAGCUCUUUGCACUCAAGAAAAUGUCGCCGGGGGAAUGUGGGAGCUCCGGCCACACCAUGCUCCAAAACAGAAUCAGAUCCCACAGUGCUUUUGAAGUUAUCGUUUCUAAAGGCAAAGGCAUCCUUGUGUCUCUAGCAGUAGCCCGAAUCCCUGGCAGAAGCGAAUGCGGCACUUGGCUGAGCUUCACCGUCACCAUGGCCAGCACCCGGCAGCUAGAAGAGCUAAAGGAAAGGCCGUCGCUCCCCCGUCACAACUGUGCCCCCGAGCUCCCCAUGGAGUUCAGGGCAGAGGCGCAGCUGAAUGCCAGCCAGUGGGGCUUGUCUCACCCCCAAACUCCUCGUGGAGCUGAACUAGUAGCAGGCAUCACUGCAGGACUCCGCGCCGCUCCACACUCCCACCAAGGGCAGCAGGCCCAUCUCCGGAUUCGUGGGCAAGGCGCCCAGUGCGACAUGGUCAACGGUUUCCACAACAGAACCCCCCUUUUAAUGGAUCCCGCUGGAGAAAUUGUGUGUGCGUGUUUGGAAGACAGUCUCCUCAAUGUCGCACCAACCUCUGACGCCACUUCCAGUACAAAACCGGAACCAGCUGGAGAAUCUCGUUAUCAUCAGAAGCUGACGUGGAGGUCAAAUCAGCAUGAUAUCAACAUCUGCCGAAUGAAAGGGAAGCACGAGGCAGAGUGCCGGAAUUUUAUCAAAGUCCUGCUUCUCCGCAACGACAACAUGCUUUUCGUGUGCGGCACCAACGCCUUCAACCCGGUCUGCGCCAACUACAGUAUGGACAAGCUGGAACCCAUUGGGGACAACAUCAGCGGCAUGGCCCGGUGCCCCUAUGACCCCAAGCAUGCCAACGUGGCUCUCUUUACAGGAGGGAUGCUCUUCACCGCCACGGUGACAGAUUUCCUGGCCAUCGAUGCCGUGAUUUACCGCAGCCUCGGAGACAACCCGACCCUGCGAACAGUCAAGCACGACUCCAAGUGGUUCAAAGAGCCAUAUUUUGUCCACGCCGUAGAAUGGAAGAGCCACGUUUAUUUCUUCUUCAGAGAGAUCGCCAUAGAGUUCAACUAUCUAGAAAAGGUGGUGGUUUCACGGGUGGCCCGGGUCUGCAAGAACGACAUGGGUGGCUCGCAGCGGGUGCUGGAGAAGCAAUGGACGUCCUUCCUGAAGGCUCGGCUCAACUGUUCAGUUCCGGGAGACUCUCAUUUCUACUUCAAUGUCAUCCAGUCGGUCACAGACGUCUUCCUGCUGGAUGGUUCUAAUCGGCGGCUCUGCAGUUUUUUUCUUACCACCAACAGUAUCCCUGGCUCUGCUGUCUGUGCCUUCGAUAUGGCCCAAAUUUCCUCAGUGUUUGAGGGGCGCUUCCGGGAGCAAAAGUCCCCUGAAUCAAUUUGGACCCCAGUUCCUGAGGAAUUGGUACCAAAACCACGGCCCGGAGGUUGCGCUGCCCCCGGAAUGCGUUAUAAUUCCUCCAGCUUCUUUCCGGAUGAGAUCCUCAAUUUCGUCAAGACACAUCCCCUGAUGGACGAGUCGGUUCCAUCCCUGGGCAACGCACCCUGGAUCAUCCGGACCAUGACUCGGUAAGAGAAUGCUAAAAAUGGAAACCGUGACUCACAUCCUGCACAAAUGCAGCUGGGGGGAUGGGACUUUUCAUAAAACGUCUUACCAGGCCAGGACAGCAAAUUGUGACGAGCAGUGUUAGUUGUAGGGUUAGUUGUGGCUUGUGUAGAUACUAGUCUCAGCUCUGGGGUCUCUGUGACUCUGAAGUUUAGGGUGAUGAUCACCCAUCCAGGCACUUCCAAGAAUUCUUCUUCUUAGUUCUGAGUUUCCA